AAGCUGAGGAGCAAAGUGGGCUCUGCCUUCAAGAUGCACGGGUUGCUGCUCCGAGCUAUUCAGAGCAUCAUACUUCACUGUGUCAAGAUAAUAAGAGUCUCCCCAAGAUGAUGAGGUCUCUAGAAUAGAUCAAACUUUGUCUUGCCUUCUCCUUAAAAACCCACAUAGUAAGUGAAGCUAAUAAAUAUCUUACUGAAGCUCUUCAGUCUGUCAAUGAAUUAGAGCUUGAAGAUGUAAUAGAAAACAUCAUUGAUGCUGUUGAAAAACAGCCUUUGUCAUCUAAUAUGAUUGAACGAGCCACAGUGGAAGCCGCAGUCCAGGAAUGUAGCCAGUCAUUAGAUGAAACUAUAGAACACAUUUUCAAUAUUAUCGGGGCCUUUGAUGUUCCACGUUAUGUUUAUAAUUCAGAAAGGAAGAAGUUUCUACCUCUAUCAAUGACCAACCAUCCUGCACCAAAUUUAUUUGGAACUGCCAGGGAUAAAGCAGAGUUGUUUCGUGAACGCUACACCAUCUUGCAGCAGAGGACUCAUAGGCAUGAGUUGUUUACUCCUUCAGCGAUUGGUGCUCAUCCUGAUGACAGCAGGAGUAAAUUCCAGCUUAAAACAAUAGAAACACUGUUGGGCAAUACAGCUAAAGUUGGGGAAGUGAUUGUUCUUGGGAUGAUAACACAGCUAAAAGAGGGGAAAUUUUUCUUGGAAGAUCCUACAGGAGUUGUUCAGCUAGACCUUAGUAAAGCACAGUUCCACAGUGGCCUAUAUACUGAAUCAUGCUUUGUUUUGGCAGAAGGCUGGUAUGAGGAUCAAGUAUUCCACGUGAAUGCUUUUGGAUUUCCACCCACUGAGCCUUCUGCUACCACUAGGGCAUAUUAUGGGAACAUAAAUUUUUUUGGAGGGCCUUCUUCAACUUCAGUAAAAGCUUCUGCAAAACUGAAACAACUGGAGGAUGAAAAUGAAGAUGCCAUGUUUGUUUUUGUUUCUGAUGUUUGGCUGGACCAAGUGGAAGUGUUAGAAAAGCUUCACACUAUGUUUUCAGGUUACUCCUCUGUGCCUCCAACUUGCUUUUUCUUUUGUGGAAAUUUUUCAUCUGCACCAUAUGGAAAAAAUCAAAUUCAAUCCCUAAAAGAUUCCCUCAAGGCUCUUGCUGACAUAAUAUGUGAAUACCCCAGCAUUCAUAAAAGCAGUCGAUUUGUGUUUGUUCCUGGCCCUGAAGAUCCUGGUCCUGGUUCAAUUUUGCCAAGGCCACCACUAGCCGACAACAUCACUAGUGAAUUCAGACAGCAGGUGCCAUUUUCAGUUUUCACUACAAAUCCUUGCAGGGUUCAGUACUGCACACAAGAAAUAAUCAUCUUUCGUGAAGAUUUAGUAAAUAAAAUGUGCAGAAACUGCGUCCGCUUUCCUAGCACCAACUUGGAUAUUCCUAACCACUUUGUAAAGACUAUCUUAUCACAAGGACAUCUGACUCCACUUCCACUUUAUGUCAGCCCUGUAUUUUGGGCAUAUGAUUACUCCUUGAGAGUGUACCCCGUGCCAGAUCUGAUUGUCACUGCAGAUAAAUAUGAUCCUUUCACUGUUACUAAUACUGACUGCGUUUGCAUAAAUCCUGGUUCUUUUCCAAGAAGUGGAUUUUCUUUCAAGGUGUUCUAUCCCUCCAACAAAACAGUAGAAGACAGCAAACUUCAAGAUCUCUGAAUUUCUGAAAGACUGCAUGAAGAAGUCAAACAUUCUGUUCCAACAUAUUGCAGAACUAAUUUGAGAUUGUUUCAUAUGCUUAUGGAUUUAUUUUAUUGUGUGUUAGAUUAUUCAUAUUUAAAUGUCAAUGCAAAAGACUGGUAAAUUUUGUAAAUAAAUUUUACAGGAAAAAAUGUCAGUGUUAGUUUCUUAGAAUAAUUAAGGAUUCAUAAUAUACUGUGUGUUUGAGUUAACCUGCAAGAUCGAAAACUAGAAGUGGAGAUGCAAUUAAAAGAUAUUCAAAGUGGAUAUAUUUUAUAUUUAAACUUUAAGUACAUAUUCAAAAUUA